AUGGCUAUUUCGUUCAAUUUCAUUUCGACCAGCAUGUCCGACACGACUCGGUUGCCAUAUCUGGCAUGGCUUCCGUUUGAUUGGAAAUGCAAUUCUACGGCAUACGCUUGGCUGUACACAUAUCAAGUUAUCGGUGUGAUCAUUCAAGCAAACAUAAACGUGAGCUUAGAUCUGUUGAUGGCUUAUUCGAUGCACGUUGCCAGCAUUAAAUUUGAGUUACUUGGAGACCGUUUGCAGAGACUUAGCGAAAUGAAGAAGGAUGGUGGUGGUAAACCGAGACAACAGACUAGGGAUUUGAUACGUGGUCACCUCCAGUUGAGUUCACUUCCAGCAAAUAACACGUCACCGGUAGAAAAUUUCGUCUUUUUUACAAGUCUGUCAAAUUAUCAACUGUGCAUGAUCUGCCAAGUAUUUGUACCAUGCUACUUCGGCAACGAAAUCAUACUCAAGCACGAAAGCAUAACCGGAAGUAUAUUCAAAUGUGGUUGGGAUUUUCGCGACAUACACUUUCGACGCGUUGUUAUUAUCUUCAUGGAAAUAGUGACGAAGGAGCGACAUAUUUUGGUUGGAAAUUGGAAGGUUUUGGAUUUGAAUUUAUUCGUUUCGAUCAUGAACUUUGCAUACCGAUUGUACACCGUACUGGUCUAA